CAACAUUGUCUAAUUAACACAAAAUCGAUUGGAUCUCAACAACUCCCGUUCCUCUCCUCCACCUCCUACUCCACCACCGAGUCGAAUCGAUGGCGGUUCCCCGCCUGACGGCGUCGAUGGCGUUGCCGGUGCCGAGGACCGCGGCCCUGGCCCCGGCCCCGGCUUCCUCUUCCCUCAGCCGACGCGCGACGAGGCUUCUCCCGGUUUUCGAGGGCCUUAGGAGAUGCACGCGCCUUCCGGGGGUUUCGUUCGCGACGAGCUCGAGGGCGGUCCGCCGAGGAGCCGUGGUUUGUGAGGCCCCAGAGACGACCACCGGGCUUCCAGAUGUGUCCAAGGCGACAUGGCAGUCUCUCGUGAUGGACUCUGAUGUUCCAGUGCUCGUAGAUUUUUGGGCUCCAUGGUGUGGGCCCUGUCGGAUGAUUGAGCCAACCAUUAUUAAACUGGCAAAGGUUUACGAAGGAAAGCUCAGGUGCUAUAAGCUCAACACAGAUGAAAACCCCGAUAUAACUACGCAGUAUGGGAUUCGAAGCAUCCCAACUAUGAUGAUAUUCAAAAAUGGCGAGAAGAAAGAUGCUGUCAUCGGGGCUGUGCCAGAAAGUACCCUCAUUAUAUCGAUCGAGAAGUUUGUAGCGAGGUAAAUGCAUUUGUUCUCUGGGAUCAGGCACUUUCUCGGCGUUUCUGCAGGCUAUCAAGAUGAGUCCGGGUAAUGUUUGCACUUUGCUUUUCUUAUAGCAAGUGCUGUGUAGAUGUUGUGAAAGGAUUUGCAAAGUGCCUUAGCCUUUGACCUUUUAGAGUAGUAAUUGGAAUUUGGAAGAAUAAGAAAUGUUACGUGCAAUA